AUGGCUAAAAAUAACACAAACAAGAGAACUAAAAAAGAUGAUAGUGUUUACAUAAACAACGCGUGCAAGACCUGCGGCCAGCAGAAGCCCAGAAGAAAAAAAAGAUAUCUGCUCUUUGCUCUUCUGACCAUUGCAGCAGGAUAUUUGCUGAAGAUGGGGUACGAGAGAACGUUCAAAAAAACCAUCAUUAUGAAUCUAAUGGAAGACAUUCUGAGCUCAAAAACAAUCACGUGCAUGAACUUGAGCGAAACCACAAAAGCCAAGCUGCUGUAUUUUGCAGAAAUAGCUGCCUUCAAUCCGCACUCUGGGAUAGACGAAAUGCCUGGGUCAAAAGUUAGCUCGCUGGGACUCCACGGAAAGCACCCCAUUACAAUCAUCCCGGGCAUUGCAAACACUUCGCUGGAGCUGUGGAAGACAAAAAAAGAGCACAUAUCGUUUUUUAGAAAAAGAAUCUGGGGGUCGCACUCCACGCUGACUUUUAUGCUGCACAACCGCGCAGAGUGGAUGGAAAGCAUGAAGCUGAACCCCGACACAGGGCUGGAUCCUUCGGGGAUAAAAGUAAGGGCAAGCUGCGGGCUUGAGUCCUCAGACUUCUCCAUUCCCGGGAUGUGGUUCUGGUGGAAAAUAGUUGAAAACUUGUCGCACAUUGGAUACGAUGCAGCUGACGUGCACUUUGCAGCCUUUGACUGGAGGCUUGGCAUUGAAGAGAUGGAGAUCCGAGACGGAUACUUCACAAAGCUGAAAAUAGAUAUAGAGCUGCAGAACUCUCUGAAAAAGGAAAAAACCGUUAUUGUAGCGCACAGCUUGGGGUCUCUGAUAUUCCACUAUUUUAUGCAGUGGGUGUCAGAAAAAGACAAAGAGUGGGUUGACAAGCACAUACACGCAGCCGUGUACAUAGGGCCUCCUUUGCUGGGAGCACCAAAGGCCAUUGGCUGUCUGAUAGCAGGCGAAGUCAAAGACACAGCUGACAUGGGAAUGAUACAGUACACGAUAGUGGAGCUGCUCUUUGGAAGAGAACAGAGACACCAGCUGUUCAAAACAUGGGGAUCUCCGCUGUAUCUCCUGCCAAAGGGCGGGGACAGGUUCUGGAGACGCAAAAACAUGGAGAAUUUAGACCUUGUUGCCGUUGAAAAAGAAAAGAUAGCUGCAAAAGGGAAGAAAAAAGUUUGCAAAGCACCGCUCGAGAAGCACAGGUUUAUUAAGUACGAAGAAAUCAUGGAAAUGAUCAAAGAGAUUCUUCCGCCGCACAACAAAACCAUACACAAGAAAAUAGUGGAGCCAAAAACAGAGCAAGACACAUGGUCAAAUCCUCUGCUGUCUCCCCUUCCAAAUGCUCCAAAUCUGACAAUAUACUCGCUGUACGGAGUGAACAAGCCAACUGAGUGUGGAUACUACUUCACAAUAGAGAAGGACAUAUACCACAUAGACAAAAACAAAACAUCAGACAAAGAAAGUAUUUUCAAGGGCAUUGUGAUAGCAGAUGGUGAUGGAACAGUGCCCAUAAUAUCGAUGGGGUACAUGGGAGGACACGGAUGGAAAAAUAAAGAGCUAAAUCCGCAUAAGGUAAAAACAGUGAUCAGAGAGUACAAACACAUGCCGUCAAACUCUCUGCUGGAGCCGCGAGGGGGAGCACACACAGCAGAGCACGUGAACAUCCUGGGAAACUACAGUUUGAUAACGGACAUUCUGAAAAUAGCCUCGGGAGAGAGGCUGGAUGACGAGAUUAUAUCGAAUCUCCCAGAGCUCAUCGAAGAAAUAGAGAAAAAAGAAUAA